UUUUCCGCCAGUUUUUAAUUAUACAAUUUGUAAUUGUAUCUCUCGGUUUCUAUCUAUACAUCAUGGAUAGUGGAAGAAAAUUUCACGGGACACUAAAUGGUCGUAUUAAAGUGUUCCCGGACAAUCCUGUACCAUUUUAUUACAGUUUGGGAGCUCUUGGCCUCCUUUUUAUAUAUGGAUGUUUCUUGGUCAUACCAAGGUGCCUCUCCCUUGGUGGCUCUAACCGGCGCAUAGCCACCUGCCAGAAUUGUUGUUUGAUUUUUUACUUGUUGGAAUGCUUUCCUGCUCCAAUUAUGAUUUUAUGUUUUGCAAUAGUUUGUGUCCUCUUUGGCGUUGCAUACGGCCUAUUUACUGUGAGCCUUGCUAUACAAAGGAGCUGGCAUAGACAAUACAAACUCCUCACCAAAAGAAACCUUACAAAGGUGUAUGUUGUGGUUGAUCAGCAUGGUCGUUAUACUCCGCCAGAGUUGGACCGUUUACAUCUAGAACGUCUUAGAGAACUCGAUCUGUUGUAGAGAAAAAGGCUUUAAUACUAAAGCUUUAAAUCUUGUAUUUCUGUUAAAUAGUGAAAGGUACAACCUUUUAGGGUUUUUGAUAGAAA